AUGGGGACAUCAGGGACCUCAUGGGACAUUGGGGACCCCAUGGGGACAUCGGGGAGGGGCAAGGACCCCCAUGGACAUUGGGGACCCCAGGGGACACUGAGGAACCAAUGGGGACAUCGAGGACCCCAUGGGGACAUUGGGGACCCCAAGGGACAUCGGGGACCCCAGGGGACACUGGGGACCCAAUGAGGACAUCAAGGACCCCAUGGGGACAUUGGGGACCCCAAGGGCCAUCAAGGACCCGAUGGGGACAUCAGUGACCCCCAAAAGGACAUCGGGGACCCCAAGGGAGGGGCUGGGGGCUGGUUUGGGGACACGGAGGAGGGGACGUUUCCUUCACCGCCACCUCCCCAAGAUGUGGCACGGCCGGACAAGAUUUCGGGGGCCGACAUCAACUCCAUUUGCCAGGAGGUGGGUGACAGCGGGGACACGGGGACAUGGUGGCCAUGA